AUGCCUAGAGACGAUUUGUCCAUCGACUUCGUCAAAAGGAUGCCGACGGCCGAGGCCCUCGACCCGGCCAUCAUCCUCGACGACUGGCUCAACCGCGUCCAGAACCUCCCCGAAGAGAUCCGCUUCCUACAAGAUGAAAUCGCCGACAGGGACCGCCAGUACCACGACUGCGUCAAGUUGAUCGAGGAUCGCGAUGGAAAGAUACAGAAAUGGAUCCGGGCCAACGGCAGCCACGAGACGAACCCUCGCGAAGAGACCAUGCGGUCCCAGAUGCGUGAUAACUUCAUCCGUGCCGACACACUGGCCACCGAGAAGAUCGCUCUCACACAGAAACUACAGAUCAUCAUGGACAAGCACUUGCGGAAUCUCGAUCAGCAUAUCAAGAUGCUCUACGACCGCGCCGAACCCGGUUUCAACGACCCUGAUGAAUGUCCUUCGUUAAUCCGGCCGAGCGCGGCGAACCACUCCGCACCAUCGAGCCGCUCCGUCAACCCUGCGAGCCACCUCGUGGGAACAGCCAUUACUGCGACGCCUCUGAAUCCGAUCAUCAACUCGUCGAGCCCUACUACAGCACGCGUAGGGAACCCUCAGAUCCGCAACGCCCAGUCUCAGCAACACGCGUCCUCUGCUCCUGCGACGCCUGCUGCAAGCAUGAUACUCAACCGGCAAGCUCGGGAGAGCUCGGCUGGCCCGGGAAACGAUGAGGCCGGCGACGACAAGAAGUACUGCACGUGCCAGAACGUUAGCUUCGGCGACAUGGUGGCGUGCGACAAUGAGGAUUGCCCCUACGAGUGGUUUCAUUGGUCGUGCGUCGGCCUCAAGAGCGAACCAAAUGGCACCUGGUUCUGCCCCGUGUGUACGGAAAACAUGGAGAAGGAGAAGCUCCAGAAGAAGAAAUGA